AUGUCUAAAAAGGUAGCACUUGCAAUUAUUGAUCUUCAAGAAGAUUUUUUACCUACCAAUGGGUCAUUAGCUAUUGCAAAUGGUAGAGAUGUUAUACCAUUAAUCAACGAAUUAAUUAGUGAUAGGAAAUUCAAUUGGUCAGCCAUUGUAGCCACUCAAGAUUGGCAUCCUAAAAAUCAUACCUCAUUUGCUUCUCAACAUAAUGUAUCUCCAUUUACUGAAUUAGAAUUCAAACAUCCUUUAAAUGAAAUUGAUACACAAACCAAUCAAGUCAAAACUAUGAAACAAUUUGUUUGGCCUGAUCAUUGUGUACAAGAGUCUGAAGGUGCUUGUUUAGAUGCUCUGUUUUUGGGAAAUUUCAAUCUGAUAUCACCAAAAAUUCCAAAAACUAUAGUUAAAAAGGGAUAUUUAACAGAUAGAGAAUAUUAUUCAUGUUUUCAAGAUUGUUGGGGAAUUCAUCAUACUGAAAUAAAAGAGUUUUUAUUAAAAUAUGAUAUAAAAGAUGUUGUAUUUGUUGGAUUAGCCUACGAUUUUUGUGUUUUAAAUUCAGCUAUUGAUUCAGCAAAGAAUGGGUUUAAUACUUAUGUAUUAAAGAAUUAUUGUAAAAGUGUAUAUCCCGAUAAAGAAGCAGAAACAGAUGCACUUUAUGAAAAGAAUGGAGUUAAAAUUAUAAGUGAUGUAUCAACUGUCUUUUGA